AGACAUGUGUCGUCGGGGCGUUAUGAGGCUUUUAUAAGAGAUAGGUUUUGUGUGAGUGUUUGUUCGGAUUCGGAGCGCAAGAGUCUGAUUCUCGAGGGUCUGCCGGAAGAUUUCCAGCGAGUCAAGCCAAAGAUCGAGCUUUACUUCCGAAACAAAAGAAGCUCUGGAGGAGAGAUCGUGCAGAUUCGAGAACACCCAGACGACAGACGAAAAGCGCGUCUGGUUUAUAUAAGAGACGAAGAUCUGAAGAAGGUGCUUGACAAAAGGAUCCAUAAAGUUGAUAUCAAACCUCAUGGAUCUGUUGAAGUGACGGUGAAACUCCCAGAAGACACAAGAACCAAGAAGAUCAAACCACCAGUACUGCCCAAACCCAAACCCGAGACAUGACUUCCCCUCAGAUCACACGCUCCAGCCAGACAGGUUAUUGAUUUACUCACACACUCCCUCCUUAUCGUACAACGGUGUCUCCCGUCAG